AUGGCAACGGCGGUUGAGUCCGCUGCAACGCGGGCACCAGCCACCUACGGCCGCGCUCGUCCAGAGGAGCGCUCGUCCAACACCUCAUCCCCCAGCAUUUCAAGGCAUUCGGAGAGCAGCCCCAUGUUUAACAAAGCUGCUCACAUAGGUGACGACUCUGAGUCACAUUCGCGCAACACCAGCUACGCCGCAGCUGACUCCGACUCGGAACUGGACGGCAGCCCACUCAAGAGCAAAGCAUCCCUCUUGAGAACGAGUCAAGUGGGCAGCCAAGAGGCAGAGAUGGCAGCUAUUCAGGCAUCGCAAGAACCGUCAGCCCCUCGAGCUGCUUCGCAAGACUCUCAGCAUGUGACUGGAAAGGAUUUAGCCGAGGAUGACGAUGCGUUCCUGGAGCGCUUUCGGCAGCAGCGCGGUCUUCAGGCUCCCAGUCACUACGCAGGCCACUCCUCACAGCCGACAACGUCAGCUCUGACCAGCUUGCCCACCUCAUCGUCGUACAAUACGCGCGAGGAUGGGCGGCGCGAGACUCAAACGCGGUCGUCGGACGACUCGCCGGCAAGUCGCAUCCGACCUGCUCGAGGCGGUCUGGCAAGUCGUAUGCGCGCUCGGAACGGCGCCAAGGCGUCAGCACCAGUGUUCCGAGCAUCCGAUGGAUCGAGCGGUGAAGAUGUGGAAGACAGCGAUGCAGAAUCCAUCGAGCGCUCACCGAGUCCUGCCAAACGGUCACGCUCCAGUGCCUCUCCAACUGCAUCGCCUUUCCGCUCGGUAAUGCGAAGCACGGAGAAAGAGGUCGCAGAGCAGAGAAAGCAGAAGUUGGCCUCGAUGGCCGCGGCAGUUCGAGUCAAGCGCGGGAAUGAUGCUGCGCUCAAUGAAGACACGCAAGAUGUGGAGAGCGAUCUUGGCUUCGAAAGCGCUGAUUCGGAUGUCAACGAUGAAGACGAUGCUCUGGAUGCUCUGCUCACUGCUCUGGACCGCAAGGACAAGGGCCAAAGUCGGAAAAGCACGUCGAGACGUGCAGACGCUGGCAGAUCGAAAGGCAAGUCAGCGAGUAAGCGAUCGACGGAAAGGAACAAGGACCGCCCAAAGGUGAGAUGGCGUCGCCUGUGUAGUCGGCGUCAUCGCAGCUCACUCGUGAAUGAUGUUCCUUCGCUUCCUCGCAGCCACUGACCAAGCAGCAGAUCGAAGAGACGAAUCGUAUGGCAGCGCAAAUCGAGCGCAACAAGCGUCUCAAAGCGGUCAAGGCUAGUGCCCAGCCCGAGCGCAAGACUUACAACGUACUGGAUCUGCUCAAAAGUAUCGGUGGCAGCAAGGCAAUGUGAGUGGAGCGAUGCGCUCUUUCGUGUGCACAAGUUGAACCUGACAUGACAAGCCCUGCUCCUCUCAACAGAGCCGCGCCCAUCUCUAGAGUUACCUCGCCCACGCGAAGCACAGACUUUGAGGUCGCAUCGCGCAAUGAGAAUCCAGCACAUACCAUUGGCAGUGCAAGCGCACUGGCCAAACACGCAGCCGGGCCGUCACUUGUUGCCAGAGUCUCGCCCGUGCUCACUAUGCGCUCUGCGGACGAGGACGGCGCUUCGCGUCAGCAGUGCGAACACACCGCGCGACUACGUGCCAUCAAGGAGAAAGCGAUGCGAGCCUCAGCUUUGCAGCUGGACUCGGCCUCAAAGAUGACGGGAUCCUUGUCAUUGCGGCAAGCCAAAGACGAACCUGAUUUUGAAAUUCUGGGCCCUGAAUCCCAAGUUUCUUCGGCGUUGCAUGGCAAAAGCUCUCUCGCGUCUCGUGCUGAAGCUGCACAUCUCUUUGCCAACAACAAUUCGGGCAGCCCACCCCGCCGACCAGAGAUGAAGGGCUCAGAACGUCGGCCUUUGGUGACCUUUGCGGACGAUGCGUCCAGCGACGGAGAACUUCCCGACGAUUGGAUCACUGACGCUCAGCUCCAGGCGGCAGGCAAGAAUGUUGGUCCACCUUUGGCCAUCGCCCAAGGACAGCCGAUCCGACCCUCGCCAGCACUUCGAGAGCGCGCAAGCCGGUCAGCCGCCGUUCAAGGUCCGCCAGUGGACAUUGAGGAGCCUGAGGCUCCUUCCGCUGCCCAGACCCGGUCAAAGAAGGUCACCGGGCCUCUUGCGGUCACACGCGAGCAGCUUAAUGCGACAAUGCUGAAGCGUGUUGCUCUACAAAACAUCAGCCACAGACACAAGCUGCAGUCUCAUUCAGCCAAACGCCACCAGAGCGACACUCCGAUGAAGGAGCAUGCGUGCACUGGUCAAGACGCUCAAGACGACGCUGUGCGCGUGCAACGCAUGAUGGACGCUUACACUAUGCGCGCUCAGCGUCGUGGUGCUGAAGCUCAAGCAGAGUCUCCUGACAGUGACGAGGAUGAAAGUGACGCAGAGUACGUCGAGGAUCAGGUUGCGGAUGAGGGUGAGGGCAACGGAAACGACAGCCUGGAUGAGGACGACGUUCUUGCUCUAGGUAGCGGAAGCGAGGAUGAGACUCGGAGAGCGAAAGCGAGCCGGAGAGAGUCGGAGUCCGACGCAGAGAUUGGAGCAAACAGCGACAGCGACAAAGAAAACACUCAGCCCACCGAGAGCCAGAAUCAAUUGGUGGAGGCUCAUGCUCACAAGGAUAUCGACGCCGAGGAGGAUGACGACAAUGACGAUGAGGUGUCCCGCAUUACUGGCCGUCAUCGCCGGCCUCGUACAACGCGUCAUCAACUUUCGGAUGAUGAAGAGGACGCCACUCGUUUCGGCAGCGUGGUCAGGACACCACUGAAGGACCUCAGCUUUACAAACGGUCCGAGCCCACUGACGGGCUCUCCAUCGCCAGAAGACAACUCGGAAUCGCCUACCUCCGCCCCCGACAAGCACGCUGGCCUCAGCCAAUUUUUCCAACCCACAGCUGCUCUUCUCUCCAACGUGACCGCAAGCAAAGAAGCGAGCUCCACCGGCGAUGUCGUUGGCGCGCCAGAGGUCUCAAAUGGCGGAGGUCUUUCGCAAUUCUUCAAAGAGACGCAAGCGCUCGGCGCAGACUUGCAAGAAGGGACAUCAUCUCCGUUCGCAAGCAAGGAAUUCACAGGUGUAGCACAAGCACUUCAGGCGCAGAAGGAAAGCAAGAUGCCAUCCGACAACUCUGUGUUGGGCCAAUUCUUCACCCCGACGCAAAAUGACGCGCCUUUGAGAGGCGAAAGCCUGGACAUCUUUGCACGCACUGGACGAGUUUCGAGCACCGCCAACGUACCGGCUAGCGAUAGUCUUUCUCAGUGGUUCACAAGCUCACAAGAAGACAGUCAAGGGCCGCCCCGCAACAUGAAGGGCGCUGAUGCCGAGAGUAUGCCGCCGCCAGCAACUGCUGGCGUGGAUGCAUUUGCAGCUCUGCGACGCGCACAAGCAAACGCAGACUACGGGCCGUCACCGUCGUUCUUGCCUUCUCUUGGCUCGCCACGAGAAGAUUCGGAGAUUCGUGAGAUGGAGCGUGAAGUCGAAAGAAGCCGCGCUAUGCCAGAAAGUCCUGCACAAGAGGCGCCAAAGCAGUAUAUCAAUAGCCGUGGAUAUUUUACUCAGACCAAGCCUGGCACGAUGGACAGUCAGAUGCAGACGCAGAGCCAGUCUCAAAGUCAAAGCACGAGUCCGGCUUUCAAUUAUACUGCUGAUUUGACCCCCUUCAAGCCUUCGCGCACGAUCUCUGAGAACCCGGCGCUACGUGGUAGCCCUGGACAUUCGCUCCAGCCACAGCGGCGCAAACGCUUCCGCAUAGCUGCUGCAGACAGCCAAGAAGAGGAGAAUCAAGAUUCGACGUUGGGACCACAUAAUGACGGUGCCGAGGAAGCUCGAGACAACCGCGCAGACCAGUCCACAACAAAAGGUCGGCAGAAUGACGCAAGUAGCGCGGACGAGAGGGAGGGCACAGAUGUGGAGUCGUCACUCCAUGCUGCCCCUGCCGCUACGCGCGACGCUUUCGCAUUGAUGCGCGACGCGCAAAAGCUGCCCGAACGACCAAAGAUGCGAUCCAGCAAUUUCGUGGAAGGCGAAGCUGAAGAGUCUGAAGAAGAAGACGCUGUCGGCAAGCGCGGUCGAGGUGGCGGUGGACUUGGCGGUAUCUUCGAUGAGGACGAUUCUGGAUCAGACGGGGAGAAUGAAGAUGAAGACGACGACGGGCAGGACCUUGUGGAGCUUGUGAAUAAUGAGAACGAAGUGGACGAAGCUGAAAAGGAUAUACUUGCUCGCGAGCGCUAUCAAGAAGAUGUGCAGGUCGACGAAGCUGCGGCCAUGGCACUUGCGGAAAAAGCUGCACGUGGAGACCUCCGCCGAAAGCGCCGUCGAGGCGAAGCGGGUGGUCUAGAGGACUUGCUAGAUGAGGACUGGGACGAAGAGUAUCUCCAGCGCAAAGCUGCCAAUCCGCGAGCAUUCAUUGCGAAGAAACGUCGCUUGGAGGGCGAAGACGAGAUGGACUUUUUAGGUGAGCAAAUUGUUGCCAGUCCAAUUCAGCGCCUUACACCGACUCACAAGUUGCUCUUCAUGCAUGAUUCCAGCUCAACGUGAGGAAUCCCAAGCGUUUGUCAAAGGCUACUCCGACACCCAUGGGGCAGACGAGGACUCAGAGAAGUACAGCUUCCUCGGCGGGCCGGACAGCGACGAAGGCGGCGAAGCCGAGUCUAGCACACGUGCAGGUAGGCCCUCCAUGCACCAGGAAAUGUCUGAUCGCGAGGCAGACUCUGACGAUGAGGCGCCAUCGAGCAAGGUUUCCUACUUCGAGAUCGCCCGCGGGCUCCGCGAAGCUCGCAAGCGCAAGAGAGCAGGACUCAUCGACGACGAAGAGGAUGAUGAGCUGCAAGCUAAGCGCCGCGCCGAGGAUGAGCACAAGAAGGAGAUGGAGCGUCGACUUCGCAGCAUCUAUGGCGACGCGAGCGAUGAUGAGAUGGACAUGGCGCGUAGCGCUCUUCGUGUACGGGAUCGCGUGGCCGCGAGGAAGGAAGCGGCGCGAGCUGGGCGACCCCGCGCGGGCAAUGAUGGUGGUCAGCGACACAUGGCCUUUGGGUCCCGCGCUGUGGAUGCUGAGUCGCAAGAGGCCUUGGACGAGGAAUCGCAGAUCGUGAGUUGCAACGCUGGUCAGCCUGCUACCUUGUGCAUUUCGACGUACUGCUUAACCAUCGCGUGCGUUGGCUUCCCUUAGGACCGCGCCGUCGCGCUUCUGAUGGGCAAUGGCAGAAGCAAGACUGAAGCAGAGAAAGCAAGACAGGCUCGCAUUGCCAAGGAUUUGGGCGAAGAGCCGAGUUGGGGCGCUGUACGCAACUCGAGCUCCGUGAGAAGAGGUGGCAGCGGAGCUGAAGGACGAGCGUCCGUGACGAGUUUUGGAACCAGAAGCAAUGGCAACAACAAGAUGGGGCUGCAGAGAAAUGGUUCGACGAGCAGCAUCGCUAUAGCCGGCGAGCGGAAGCAAAUGCAGAGCUCAUCAAGCUCCAGUCGACUUGCUGGCCUUCACAGCGUCAUGAGCCGCAACGUCAACGAGUCGCAGUGA